ACGGACGCUCGACAUGACCAAAUAAGGAAACUGACACAUGAAAGUGGAAUUUGUUCUGCCUCAGUAUUCAGUUAUAAUAGGCCAAAAAGCUAAGAAAGCUGAACCGUUUGCAGGGCUCUAUCGUUCAUGUUCUGUCACACAGAUAGGCCGGCUGGUGUGUGUGUGUGUGUGUGUGUGUGUGUGUGUGUGUGUAUAUCUGUGUGUGAACAUUAGUCCGGGCUCUGCUUUAGUAAGAAAAGAGGAAGCAGUUCCGCCCCCUAGAAUCUGCCUGGAGGCCGAGGAGAAAAGAGCAGAAAGAAGAGAAAAGAAGGCACAGCCCGCGACCUAGCCCGUUCUUCAGACCGAGAACUAAAGCCGGAACUCGGUGCUGUCGAGGCGGGAGGACACACUGCGGCUGUCCGCUCCGGUCCUGUGUUGAAAAGUUGGUUGUAGAAAAAUGAGCUUCAUGUGAAAGAAGUUUCACUUUGAAGCUGGUGUCUUCGGCUAACAGGAACGUUAACGGGCGGGACCUACUCGACUACUUCACUCCGGAUUGGCUCGGCUCGGCUCGGCUUUAGCUUGCUCCUGGUGAACGGCGGGGGACUGUGGACGGGUUUGUAACCAGGACUGAUCCCAGUUCUAACCAGUAUGAGCGGAGAAGAGGAAAGAUUCAAACUGGUGGUGGUGGGAGGAGGAGGGGUGGGGAAGAGCGCCCUGACCAUCCAGUUCAUCCAGUCCUACUUUGUGUCGGACUACGACCCCACCAUCGAAGACUCCUACACUAAGAUCUGCACCGUGGAUGGAAAGGAGACCCGGCUGGACAUCUUGGAUACAGCAGGUCAGGAGGAGUUUGGGGCGAUGAGGGAGCAGUACAUGCGCUCAGGAGAAGGCUUCUUAUUGGUGUUCGCACUCAACGAUCUGGGCAGCUACCACGAGGUCCAGAAGUUCCACACUCAGAUCCUGAGAGUGAAGGACCGAGACGACUUCCCCAUGGUGCUGGUUGGGAACAAGGCGGACCUGGAACAGCAAAGAGUGAUCUCCAGGGAGGAUGCUCAGGCGUUCACCAGAGAGCACCGGAUCCACUACAUGGAGGCCUCGGCCAAGAAUCGCUACAACGUGGAUGAAGCCUUCUUGCAGCUGGUACAAAUCAUCAGACGAUUCCAGGAGAUCGAGAGUCCUCCUCCUCAAAGUCAUCACUCGGGGAAACAGAAGCGCGGCGGCUGUCCCUGUGUCCUCCUCUGAGUGCUGUUACCAUGGAAACCAAAGCCUCGUCCCUCUUCAGCUUGUCCAAAAAGGAGUGCGUGCGUGUGUGUGUGUGUGUGUGUGUGUGUGUGUGUGUGUUUUGCGUGUGUGUGUAUGUGCGAGAGAGAGAUACAAUGCAUCUUUUUCUUUUCAAAUGGUUCCAUUUGCACUUUUUUAAGAAGCAGUGUUCUUUGAAUGCGAGGAUCUAAUGGGAGAGGUGUGAGUCGCUGCACAGAAACAGGAAGUGAGUGUUCUGCCGUCAGUGAGCGAUGAUGACGUUACUGUACACAGCCAGUGUUCACAAGCAGAGAUAUCCUCACAGCAUCACGCGUUGUAGAAAACAAACCACACUGCUGUUAGACAGGCGGCCACGCCCUGCGGUAACAGAUGAUGUCAGCAGCGACAUCAUCGCUGACUCUUGGAUCGUGUUAGGGAAAUCACACAAACUAUUAUUUCCAAGACUUUUUGUCUUUUAGCUCCGCUCAGCACCGUUAGGGGCCUUUGUCUUUUGUUGGACUGCAUUCUGGUACUAAUGUCUUUUUUUUUUUUUUUCUUUUUUUUUGGGGUUUUUUUUUUACGUCAUCCGUGUCUAAACAUGAGCCGUAUGCAUAGGGAUGUUUUUCACAGACAUCAAAUGGUGAAAACUCAUUCUUGAACUUGAGCACAGCCGUUUGCCAAAACAAGCCUCGUUCACUUCCUCUUCCUCCUAGCGCUCUGAGCAGCAUCUCGUGGUCUUCGUCGGACACUGGAGAUGGUUCAAGUUGGCGUCACGUGACCUGAGUGUGCACGCAACGUAGGAAGAGAUGGCGAGCUGUUGAAUGAUGCUCUCUGUCAGCCGGCGUCGUGGUUCUGAUCUUCAUUCAGUCUCUUAUCCAGGCGUCUUGCUCUUGCACCGAUGCGGUGUUGCCCUCAGCUGUCACAUGCAAUGUCAUGAUGAUGUAAUUUACCACUCCUGUCUCCUCACCAUAGUUCCUGUCUUUAGGGUGUUCCAGCAGAGAUCUUAAAGGGAAACUUUGUUCGUUUUUUUCACAGAGUGACUCAUGUGAACAACAAUCGAAUGAAAACUGGUCCAGUAUUGAGCGAGAACACUUUAACUGGAAGCUGUGAACCAGGCUGUAAUGUAACCCUACAGGACAAAUGUUCAGCAUCCGUUAGCGUCCACUAAAAGUUCAUUUUUUUUUCCA